AUGGAGUAUAUAACAAACAUAGAGGAGCACCAAGGAACAGCGACUCAAAUAUUAUGUUGCCGUUGUGCAACUUUGAUAGAAUCGAACCCUUCGAACAUGUGUGCUCCAUGUUUACGAUCAGAAGUUGACAUUACUGAAGGAAUUCCUCGACAGGCGACACUGUAUUUUUGUCGAGGAUGUGAAAGAUAUCUUCAGCCGCCCAAUGAAUGGGUCCAUGCUACUCUGGAAUCCCGAGAAUUGUUGGAAUUAUGUCUAAAAAAAUUGAAAGGUCUUAAUAGAGUAAAGCUAAUAGAUGCUGGUUUUGUCUGGACAGAACCACAUUCCAAGCGUGUUCGGGUGAAAUUGACAGUUCAUGCAGAAGUUCACGGAGGAACUGUUCUUCAGCAAAUUUUUGUUGUUGAAUUUAUCAUCAAUCAUCAAAUGUGUGAUCAAUGUCAUCGCGCUGAAGCUCAAGACUUCUGGCGUGCUUCUGUACAAGUGAGACAAAAGGCAAUUAACAAAAAAACAUUUUAUUAUUUGGAGCAAUUGAUAUUGAAGCACAAAGCUCAUGAACAAACUCUAGGAAUUAAACCAAUUCACGAGGGGAUUGAUUUUUAUUACGCAAACGAAAGUGCUGCGAGAAAACUCGUUGACUUUUUGCAAUCAGUUUUACCUUGUCGUUAUCAACACUCAAAAAAAUUACUAUCCCAUGAUAUUCACAGUAAUAUUUAUAAUUAUAAAUUUACAUUCAGUGUUGAAAUUGUACCAAUUUCAAAAGACAGUGUUGUAUGUCUCUCGAGAAAAAUGGCACAUCACUUAGCCGGUAUUGCUCCUAUAGCUCUAGUGUAUAAAACUUCAAAUACCAUACACCUUAUUGAUGUAUCAUCUGGCCAAAUUGCUGAAGUCAGCGCAACGGUAUAUUGGAGAGACAGUUUUAACAGCAUUUGUAAUCCAAAACAGUUAACUGAGUACAUAGUUAUGCGUAUUGAGCCACUGAAACCUUCAGAACUAAAAGUGUUCCCAGGACAAGGUGCAAUUUCCAACAGGCAUCUUAUUGCAGAAGUAGAGUUGGUAAGAGCUUCGGAGCUUGGUCUCACUGAAAAUUAUAUUUAUUCACGUACUCAUUUGGGUCAUGUUUUGAAGGAAGGUGAUUCUGUAUUAGGUUACGCUAUCUCCGAUAGUAAUAUAAAUGACAGUAAUUUUGAAAAAUUAUCCCCAAAUGAUAUUCCUGACGUAAUUCUUGUCAAGAAAUACUACGGACAUGACAAACUAGCAAGACGACGUGCUAGAAUUUGGAAAUUGAAACAUUUGGCUGAAGGUGGCAUGGAAACUGAUGAUGAGGAUUACAAUGAAUUUUUGGAAGAAUUGGAAGAAAAUCCUGAUACGCGUCAAAAUGUCAAUAUUUACAGAGAUACGAGCAAAGUUGUUCCAGACGGUCAAGAAGUCGACUCAAUUGUUCCUUUGACAGAAAUGAUAAAUGAUCUUGUUCUUGAUUAA